UAUGCGUGCGUGUGUCAUUGAAGUUAUUGUCAUUUACGUCUUAUGUCAAUGAAUUUCCUAUGUCAUAAACUUGUAUCAGCAAUGAAAACUCUGUGAAUUCCUUUUUAUUCAAAAUGAGCCAUAUUUCACAUCAUAUUAUUGUGUUGAGGAUACCUUCAGGCAUAGUUAAAAGUGAUAAACAAAUACAUUUAUUAAGAACCAACUCUCAAAAAUAGUGUAAUCAAUUUGGUGAUAACAAUAUCUAACUUUGAAAUUUGUUGUAAUUUACACGUUUGCUAUUUUAUUAAUGGUUCGGCUAGUCAUACAAAGUCUAAAGUCAAUUUGAGUGAAACUAACAUGAUAUAAUUAUAUUUAUUAUGAACGAGUAUUACGAGUUAGAAGAUCGUAAAAUGAAAGGUACACUUCGUGACUGGCGCAAGGCGCUGCGCACCCCGGCCACGUACAGGGUCGGUAACGCUGUGAGGAUACAGCCACAGUUUGUAUUGUUAAUUGGUUUGAUAGGAGCAUUCCUUGUGGUGUUGUUUUAUUACAAUUGGUGGACGAGCAGCCAGCCAGCAGCAGUCCAUAAAUGGGCCAGUUCAAUGAGACCAUACAAUUUAACAUACCCCCUUACCUCACCUGUAUACAAUGGAGAUGUAGUCACAUUCAGGAUUGGAAUAGUGACAGACUUAGAUACCAACUCCAAGAGCAAUACACAGAAGCACACAUACAUUAGUUACUUGAAGAAAGGAUAUUUGAAUUACAAUCGUGUGAAGAAGUCUGUGCAUGUGACAUGGGACGGGCGAGAGCCAAUACAACUGAGCUCUACAUACUCUCACAAGGGAAGAGGCAUGGAGCUCUCAGAGUUGAUAGUGUAUGAUGGAAGAUUGCUUACUUUCGAUGAUCGAUCUGGAAUGGUGUUCGAGAUAGUAGAUAAUAAAGUAUUGCCAUGGGUGAUAUUAACAGAUGGCAAUGGUCGUGUUGAGAAAGGAUUUAAGUCAGAAUGGGCGACUAUUAAGGAUGAUAUUCUUUAUGUGGGAUCAAUGGGCAAGGAAUGGACAACAGCCAGUGGGGAGUUCCAAAGUUACGACCCCAUGUGGGUUAAAGCCGUCAACAUUCAUGGAGAAAUCCAGCAUUUAAGUUGGGUGAAUCAGUACAAAGCUGUGCGCAGUUCCAUCGGUAUCCAUUGGCCGGGAUACAUGAUCCAUGAGUCAGGAGUGUGGUCCCCCUUCAAGCAGUUGUGGCACUUCCUACCAAGGAGAUGCAGCCACGAGCCAUACAACGAAACCAAGGAUGAAGUUAUGGGAUGCAAUUACUUAAUAACUGCUGAUGAAAAUUUUAAACAUGUCCAUGCUCUUGAGAUAACAAAGCACCAACCAAAGCAUGGUUUCUCAUCGUUCAAGUUCAUACCAGGAACUAAUGAUGAGGCCAUAGUAGCUUUGAAGACCACCGAGUUUGAGGGCAAGACCGCCACCUACAUAACUGCAUUUACAACCGACGGUACAGUGUUGCUACACGACACGCUUGUGGAAAACCUCAAGUACGAAGGACUAGAGUUUAUAUGAUAGUGUCAUAGUAAAUAGAAAAUUUUAUAAAUAAAAUCGUAAUUGUAAAUAUGUAAAAUAUAAUAUAAUUUCGUUA